CAGGCGGCUUCACUCGCUCGUUUCGGGCUCGAGUAACGGUCAUGUACUAUAUGGUGCGCCUGCCGCGUUCGUCCCUUGUUUUCUUCGGCAUUGGCUUGUCGCUGUACUUUUCGGCUCAAGAUUUUUCCGAUCGAUCGAGUCUUGUUCUUUCCGAGACUGCUGCUGGUUGUGUGCCUUUGUGAAAAGAUUAAAAAAAAAAAAAAAAAAAAAACGUGCCUUCGCGAGUUACUUUAACACAAUAUAGGGCCAUACUCCAAAACCAAGUACUUCCGAGAUGAAUGGACAAUGACAUCAAUGUGAAUUAUUUUGCAACUUCUUAUCCACACCUACUCGCGUGCCCGUGGUUUUUCCCCCUUCACCAGAGGACGGUUAUACACACACCUGGUUGUUGUUUGUCGGAUGGAAAAAUAAGGAUAUUUUUACCAGAGGGGACGAGUCACGGGGAGGGUGGAGGUUUUUCGGAUCACGCGGUCGAGUCCGGGGAGAUAGUAAUCAUGAUACAAGUGUCCGGGGAGGGCGACGGCGGUGGUUACAAUUGCUGCUGUCCGAACGUUGACGGUAACAACAAGUACGAGAAGUUGGGCCGGAAGAGCCUCGCCUACCUGGCGAAUCUGUUCAAGCCGCGCAGGGGUGGUUUUGUCGCGACACCCGGCAGACCUGCAUCCGCUUCUUCUUGUCUCGCAGGCAUGAGGAUUGACGAGGAUACCAUGCACCGCUCCUCGGCCGGGCUUGAGAAUACAGCUGUCGGAGGUAUGCUGUGCAACAUGACGAGGCCACGGUCGGCGCCUGGCCACCAGGUCGAGGCGAACGCCGGCAACACCGGCAUCAGUAAAAGCAGCAGCAGCAUAAGCGGCGGCGGAAGCAACGACGGGGCAUUGUCGUCGUCGCCAUCAGUCGCGGUGACCGGCGUGUCGAGGAUACCCUCGUCCUUGAGCGUCACGGCCGUGGACGUGGUGGUCGCUUGCGGCAGACAAGCGAGCAACAGUUACACCUUGGGCAACGCCAACGGAAGCAGAUGCAGCAGUAAUUACAACAGCCGAGGUGCCUCGCCCUCCCACUCGUCGAUCCUGACGUUGACCCCAGGCAGGACCCGGAACAUCGACCAGGACAUGGAGGCGCUUAGGCUCAGUAGGCAGGACAACCCGUUUGUCAAGGUGUUAGCGAGCAAAGAAAGCCUCAUAGAACCCGUAGAGGAGUACGAGUCGGACCUCGCCAUUCUUAUGUCACAACAGGAAAUGGUCGACUUGGAUCCGCUGACCUUGACCCAAGUGCACAAGCACCUGGUCCGAAGUCCACCACCCGCGUCGUGGAGUCACAGUCCGGUUUUUCAUUUCCCGCACCAACAGCACCCCCAGCAGCCUCAGCACAGCCCGGGGAGCAAAUCCGACUCGGGAGCCCACUACAGGACCAUCUCACCAAAGCCCGGUCUACUGCAUCGGCCCACCCAAGACGACCAGCCAAAGAGCGAGGGCUCCAUGGAGACUAGAGAUCGUCACUCGCAUACUUUCUCGCUGCUGAAUCCAACGCCCAUCCGGAGGAUGCACCGCUCGGAGGACAGCGUCCAGCUGAUGUCGUCGGAGUGAGAGUCCACGACGAACCAACUGGGAUCAACGCCCGUUUGAGACGUAUCUUUCGCUCGAGACACUCUGCCCGACCGAGUGACGGUCUGGAUGAAAAGUUGGGCGGUGCAGAUUUUUUGGAUAACGGUGACUUACGAGAGGUUGACUGGCAGUAAAGUGACCGUAGGCGUCGUUGAUGUUCUCGCAAAUCGCGUGUUUCAAAGAGAUAUAUAUUAUAUAAAGUUGUGUUUCAAUGAAAAGGAGGAAAAACAUGGCAUUCACUGAGGGUGUUGGGAAAAAUAAGUUUUUUUUUUUUUUCUUUUUUUUUCCUUUUUCAAAGUAACGUUUAAUUUGUCAUCGUCAACCAAGGCCUAAUACUUUGGGCGACGUGAUAAUGUGCAUAAAAAUAAAUUACGGAGAAACGAUGGAUGCAGUGAAAAUCGUAUAAAUAGUAUGAUCGAAAACGUUUUGCGGGGCACUCGGGAGAAAAUUUUCGUUCGUUGCUGAGCGACAAACAAAGUAUUGUGAUGAAUUGUCGAUUUCAAAUGAAAUUUUGCAUCUAUUUUGCAUUUAGGAAUUAAUUUUUUAUUGAAUAUGAU